AGGACGAUUGAUUGGCGUUUUGGAUUUAAAGGCCCCAAAUCCGAACUGUUACGAGUGCGCAGAGAAACCCACGGCAUCAAUCGAGAUAAACAUGACCACCUUCACAAUGGCCGAUCUCACUGGGCUGCUGAAAGGAGCCCUGAACAUGAUCCAGCCAGAUGUGCAGCAGGGUGCACGUGUGCUUAUAUCGUCAGAUGAGGACGACGGCACCUGUGUCAACGAUGACAAAACCUUCAAUGACAUGGGCCUCCCAUCGCCUCUGACUGUUUUAGAGGCUGAAGACUUCCACCAGGACUAUAAGCUCUAUCUGAUGAUGAGACAUGUGGUCUUACCGGCAGACGUGCCUUAUAGAAUCACGGCGGGGGCAGAUUCGGCCCCUGCACCCGAAAAGGAGGUGCAGCCCACUAAGAAACGCACAUUUGAUGAAAUAGACCUUGCAAACGAGCCGGAAGGGGUCAAGAAGAUGAAAAUAGAUGACGAUGACGACAUCAUCGCAUUUUAAACCACUACUAAAAGUACAACUAAUGCGACAAUGUGUGACAAUUCUGGAUAUGGUUGAGGCAAGUGAUGCAUAGGAUAAUUAUUACAACAGAUUAGUACAAAAAAAGAAAAGGUUGUUGCCUUAUAGACAACCUUCACAGACACCCCCAAGUGUUUACCGCCUGCUUCCAUCAACGUCACGUGUGUUAUCAUCUGUAUCCUUAGACCUGUGUACUUUGUAUCUGUUGCAGAGGAUGCCGUACGAGAACAUGAUACUGUCAUUUUCACAGUGACUAGGCACUUUAAGACCUGACAUAAAAUCGCCGUAUCACAAGGCGUGUUUAUUAGCAGUUUCCAGAGAAUUAUAAAUGCAGACCUUCCACGCAGCUAUAAGGAUGGUAUGGACAGCCUCAGGCGUUGGACUAUGUUCAGAUUCAGAUCAAUCCGCUUCACUACAAAGUGAUGCACUAUUGUCCGAUAGUCUUUGUGAGUAUAAUAGGCAAGUGUUGAAUCGCGAGCCGAUUAAAAUCUGCAGAUCUCAGCUAUACGACACAUACGUUUGUGACGAUGCACUGUUUCCAGUUUCCCAAGUUUUAUGAUACCAGAACCAGAAUACAGGAUUGUCAAGUGUGACAUGAAGGAUUUACAAUAAUCAGCACCGUGGUUGUUCUGGUUGAAAUGCGCUGGUCGAUUCGUCAUAACUGUUUGAAUCCUUGAACCCGAAUUCUGAUUAUAAACGCAAUAGAUGGAUCCAGCUACCAUCACAUUGACGUGUACGCUACAGUUGGAUCGUACUGCCAUCCCAAUACAUUCAAUAGUACGUCUGGGUCAUAGUCUCCAUUAUUAUAUCUGGGCUGUCUGUGCGGGAUCUGUCACGCAAUCGAAAGAACUUUUCCACGUUGACGCUGUCGGACUGAGUUUCUUGCAUAUUCCCACGUUCCCAGCGGAUAUGAUCGCCAAAAGUGCGAAAAGAUCCAUCACCGUAUACCCUAUCUUUGCCAUUGACGCAUGGUAAAAGAAGAACAACUUCCAGGAAUUUGGUAAUAACCCACCGUACUCAGUAUUGCCCACGUUGAACACCGCAAAGAAGACGAUUAAAUUACUGGCAACAGCUAACACGAUGCCAAUUCGGCAAUUACUACGCCAAUCCGAGAAGGAUUCGCUGAUUUUACGUGUUCUGUAGGUGUAGUAUGCUAAUAGGCCCAUGGACAACCCCCAGGGUAUAAGCACAAACAAUGCGUAGUAUGAGAUAUUAUUCCACUGGAGUAGAUGUGCUAGGAGAUAUGGUAAGAAGCAAAAUACUGAUAGUAUAAACAUACAUCCUACUAUACCAGUGAAGUAACGGUGGAACCGGACAUGCCGCUUGAACGGAUGUCGAAUGAAGAUCACAAAUAGAAUGCGUUCUCGUGCUACGAUUAGCGACAAGGUAGCCGUCACAGUAACAUACUCCGCCAUUAAUAAGUACAGUGCCAUAUGGUGCUUCCGUUGAUCCCACAUAGCGGGAAUGAAGAAUGACAACGCGAUGCAGUACUGCAACACAGACACAAUAGCACUUGUGAGCCCCACCCCGGCUAUAAAGAAGACCCCCCUGCUUUUCACGAGUGGAUGAUUGCGUUUCUGCAGACACACGACAGUGCACACCGUAACCAUCAGAAAUGUAACACAGAAUGUGACUGUUAACAUGAUAACGAUGGUGUCAUUUUCUCCCCAAGGCAUUUUGUACAACCAUGGCGCUCGGGUCUUUAAAGUUAGGCUACACAGGGUGUACAUUGUGCCAUAAAAUAGAAAGACUGUAAGUACAUUCAAUACUACGGCACAUCGCGCAAUAAGCCCAAAGUCUCUCUGUGACAUUUGCUUCUUUCGGUACACUUUCCUAAUUGUCGAGAUCAGGCCCAGGUCUCCUUGUCUGUUUUCACUGAGAACCACAUUGCUCGACUCGACUGAUGGCGUAUCUUCACCUGACGCAGUAUCAUCCGCGAUAGUAUCGCUCGCAGUAGAAAGGAUGGCAGGUUUGUCCAACUUGGUGCUCUUUGCCAUAUCAGUACCUCGCUUGGACGUCUUGUAGUCCAGAUGACUCACAUCCGGUGUAUAUACCACUUGCGCGAUACCACCUUGUACAAUAUCCGCUCCACCCACAUUAUUCACACUCUCCAUGUCCACACUCUCAACGUCCACACUCUUCUUGACUACACUUUCCAUGUCCAGAUUCUCCCUGACUACACUUCCCAUGUUGUUUCGAAUAACUAUAAUUGGUUUGGCAUGUAUGUGACGAAUCCAGAUUCAAUGGCCAGAUUGCCGAGGUUAGUGAUGGGUCUAAAUGCCUAUAAUCGAUAUUUCAGAUAUAUC